UUUACUCGAAUAGAUCGGUGCUCUGCUAAUUCUGCCUGUGAGAACUUGAUGCGGCGGCCAUGAAAACCAGUGUUUGAUUGGUGAGGUCUGGGAAGAUGGCUUCUUCUGAUCAGACUGAUCAGUCAGUGCAGGGUGGUCCGUCUCUGAUAAAUGAAAAGAUAGUACCAAGAGAUCAGCUGAUUGCAACAGCUGUGAAGUUUCUUCAAAAUCCUAGAGUUCGUCAGAGCCCAGUAGCUACCAGAAAGGAAUUUUUGAAGAAAAAAGGAUUGAGCAAUGAAGAGAUUGAAUUGGCUCUGCAGCAAUCUGGCACAGUCCAUGAUGACCCCGGUCUUGUGACACACACUGGUAUUCCCCACACAGGACCAUCCUCUCAGCUUGCAGUGCAACAAUUUAGCCCCCCAGGGUCCCGAUGGAGAGAAUAUGGAGCUCUGGCAAUUAUCCUGGCUGGCAUAGCCUUUGGCUUCCACCAACUAUACAAGAGAUACCUGCUCCCAUUGAUCAUUGGUGGCAGGGAAAGCCGCAAGCAGCUGCAGCGUAUUGAAUCCGGGGUGUCUGAGAUGAGUGGCAGUGUGACACAGACAGUAACUCAACUCCAGACAACCCUAGCAGCUGUACAGGAACUGCUGAUCCAGCAACAACAAAAGAUCCAGGAACUGUCGCUGGAACUUUCUGCUUCAAAGGCAUCCAGUUCCACAAACACAAUUCUUGAGUCCCAAAACAUUCAAGAACUAAAGUCUGAAAUCUACUCGCUGAAAGGGCUGCUUUUAAACAGGAGGCAGUUCCCACCAUCUCCCUCUGCUUCCAAAAUCCCUGCUUGGCAAAUCCCAGUAAAACCUCCAACACUUCCCAGCCCAGCUGUAUUAAACCACAACAGCAGCAGUGAUAUCUCUCCUGUAAGCAAUGAGUCUGGUUCAUCAUCUCCUGUGAAGGAGAUCCACAGCCCAGAAGGAACAAAGGGAAGCUCCCACCAUCUAGGAUUAACAGAAGAAGAAUCAGAAAUUGAUGUGCAAACUCAGGUUCGCAUGGAAGUGCAGGGGGAAGAGGAGAACGAAGAUGAUGUUGUGCAACCUGAUGAAGAUUGCAUUGGUGUUCAGACUGAAGAUCGCAGAGGUGGAGAUGGACAGAUCAAUGAGCAAGUAGACAAGCUACGUCGACCUGAAGGAGCCAGCAAUGAAAUGGACUGUUAGUAGGUGUAGUAUACAUGUAGUAGACAGCCCUAAGUGAUCAGAGUGUCCCCUGUAAACUUUCAAGGUGAAGACUCAGAAUGCAGCAAUUUGGACCUCAAAUUUCCUGAAUUGAAAGUGCACAUCAUACUGUCGAUUUUAGUGUGCACCAUAUUUUUCCAUGAUUUUCAGGUGUUUAUAUUGUUUAAUCACUGAUUGCAGUAGUUCAAUUAUUCAUUUCCCACUUUAUAUUUGUCAUAUUGUACAGAGUUAGGGCUUCUAAAUAUUCUAAUAUGUAUUAAAAGUCACAGAGUAUUACCAUGACUAUAUAAAAUCUGAGUGCUUUUAUACAGGUCAUGUAACUCUGAAGUGAGUUCUCAUAUACUCAUAUUUUACAACUCGGGGAACAUUAUUUAUAACAUGCAAGUUUCAGUAAUUCACAUGUCAUCACUAAGCACCAUUCAUAAGGAUAUCACAGUAUAUUUAUGGUUCUUGUGUAUAAUACGUGUGUGGGUGUGGGUGUGUGUGGGUGUGUGUGGGUGUGUGGGUGUGUGUGGGUGUGUGGUGAAAAAUGUACCCCCUAUUGUAAAAUAUAAGGAUAUUAUAAGUCACCGUGACAUGACCAUAUAAAAGGAUGCGGCCAACUGUCCCGGGUGCAGGUAGAAGUAUUUACAAUUACGAGAAAGAUGUUGCACUUAGUUGGAAUAUAAUGCCAAGAAAGGUGAAAAUAGGUGAUUUCUAGUUUUGAGCACUACCCUGCUCUUCCACAUGGACCCAUUGGGUCAGGCACCUUCCUUGGUCCCUGUGGAAGAGCACAGUAGUGAAAUAUUGGACUUUUCCCAAUGAAUCACCUUUUUGUGCAUUAAAUUCUUAUUGUUUGGUAGCUUUUUUUUGCAAUUAAAUAUAUAUUUGCACAUUUCUUGUAAUUACAACUACAUUAUUACAAUUGAAUAUUAUUAGUAGGUUAAAAAGAUCCACAACAAACCAUUUGUUUUCAACAGGCGAUUUUAAGAGCGUUUAUUAACUGUAUAUGUAACAGUGUUCUUUAUUUUGACACAACCUAUAAACUGAUUCACACAUUCAACACAACCAUAGACAUUGUUUAUGAAAAGAUGUAGCCAUUAAGAUAGUUAACCCUUUGAUAGCUUUGAGGCACAUACACUCCAGCAUUGCAUAUUGCUUGACAGUAUAUUUGUUUCCAUUAAUGUUAAUGGAAGCUGUAAAUGUACAUUCAGCCGCACUCUAUACCAUUUUUGCCAGGAAAGCAGAUUUUUGUUUUGGCAAUUAAGGAACACCACAGUGAACACAAAAGUAAUUGUGCCCCAAUCUUAGAAGCUUUAUGGAAAAUACAUACACUAUCUAAACAAAUAGGGAGGUCUACUAUUGCUGUGUACUCAACAUCCACUUUCCACACAAUCAUAUAAAAGAUUAAUGAGAGCAGAUAGCUAAAAUGUUAGAUGUAGCUGAUAAAAGGAAAUAAUACUUUGACUAUCUGUAGUGAAUACAGUUUGGAAAAAAAAAUCUCACCUCAUAAAUUGCAUGAUUGCAGCACUGCACCCUGUAAACGUCCGCAAUGGACUGUGCUCAUUAGUGUGCUGUUGUAUAGAUUAAUUGUACAUAAUUGUAAUAAAGAAUAAUUACACCACAUAAA